CUACCUGCUCGUGAUGACGUGCUAAUUGUUUAUCCCCAGUUAACAUUUACUGUCUAUAAUGGUAUGCAUCCCAUCGAGAUCCGUAACACGUGGCUAAGUCUCUGCUACAGUAUGUGGGAGUGAAAUGUUGACAUUGAACUUGUUCACCUCAUCUGCACUGUUGCUCAACCUGCAUAUUACAAGUGAACAAGAGUCGGAAAACCAAGCCUACGCUGAAUGAACUAGACAAACGACAAGCAGUCAUGACAGCGUCUGCUCUGCGCGCACAAAUGUCCUGGAGGCGGACUUGCCAGAGGACGAGCUACCAGUGCUUCCACACCACCCACCGAACAGAGUCCAAGGAGCAUGUGAAGGUUCUGGUGCUGGGGGGAGGGAGUGGAGGCAUCACAAUGGGCGCACGCAUGAAGCGGAAAGUUGGAGCCGAGAAUGUUGCCAUAGUGGAGCCAAGUGAGAUACAUUACUACCAGCCCAUAUGGACACUGGUGGGUGCUGGAGCUAAGAGCGUGGAGUCGUCUGGUCGGCCAACGUCUAGCGUCAUCCCCUCUGGGGUGAAGUGGGUCAAAUCCAGAGUGAUGGAGGUUAACCCAGACAACAACUCUGUUCGCACAGACUGCGGGAAAGAGAUUUCCUAUGAGUAUCUCAUUGUGGCCCUCGGCCUCCAGCUCCACUAUGAGAAGAUUAAAGGUCUUCCAGAGGGGUUUGAACACCCCAAGAUUGGCUCCAACUACUCAGUGAAGACCGUGCAGAAGACCUGGAAAGCCCUGCAAGACUUCAAGGAGGGAAACGCUAUCUUCACCUUCCCCAACACACCGAUAAAGUGUCCUGGAGCUCCGCAGAAAAUCAUGUACCUGUCUGAUGCAUUCUUGAGAAAGACUGGCAAGAGGUCAAAUGCAAACAUCAUAUACAACACGUCUCUACCCGUUUUGUUUGUGGUCAAGAAAUACGCAGACUCUCUGUGGGAGGUUGUCAAGUCUCGAGACCUGAAUGUAAAUCUCCGACAGAACCUCAUCGAAGUCAGGGCAGACAAGCGGGAAGCUGUGUUUGAGAACCUGGACAAACCUGGAGAGACUAAAGUGUUUGAGUAUGAGAUGCUGCAUGUGACCCCCCCAAUGGGCCCCCCUAAUGUCUUGAAGGGAUCUCCACUGGCUGACGAGGCCGGCUGGCUCAACCUCAACAAGGAGACGCUUCAGCACAAUGUCUACCCCAACGUGUUUGGCAUCGGAGACUGCACCAACCUGCCCACCGCCAGGACGGCUGCUGCUGUGGCUGCACAGUCGGGUGUGCUUGACCGGACAAUCAACAAAAUAAUGAAGAAAAACAAGCCUGAUAAGAAGUACAAUGGCUACACCUCCUGUCCUCUGGUGACCAGCUAUAACACGGUCAUCCUGGCUGAGUUUGACUACUCCUUCCAACCUCUGGAGACGUUCCCUCUGGACCAGAGCAAGGAGAGGAGGACCAUGUACUACAUGAAGGCUGACCUCAUGCCCCACCUCUACUGGCACGGCCUGCUCAAGGGUCUGUGGGGAGGACCGGGUCCAUAUCGCACCAUCAUGCACUUGGGGAUGAAAUAGAGUCCAGAGACCACGAGGAUGUCUUCACCCUCUGGAUGUCUUCACCCCCUGGAAGUGGUCAUCCUCUGCCCCCGGAAGCUAAGGGCUCCAUAUCUAAAGUAAAGUGACUGGUAUCGAUGAUCUAAAAGUAAUCCAGAUACAUUCACUUUAGCCAUUGAAGACAUUGCUGGAUAUUUAGUGCAUAUUUUGGGCAACAA